GUUGACUUAAGUCUUCCGUUUUGCGUCACCCUCCUGGACCCGAGCAGGCUUAUAAAGAGGAACACACAUCAGCGCUCUAACACACUCGAUUUUUUUUCUCCUCUCAGACUGAAAGCAGAGACUCGCAGCCAAGAUGAGACUGUACCUCGCCGUUGCCGUGUUGCUGCUGGCUCUUGUGGCAUACACAGAGGCUCAGGAGGACACUGUCGAGCGGAGUUUCGCUGAGUUUGGCAACCAGAUGACUGAGAUGGGCAAAAACCUGGCUGAGAAGGCCAAGACUACCAUCGAUCAGAUUCGAGAGAGCGAGUUUGCAGUCAACUCAAGGACCUGGUUCAACGACCAGUUUGAGAAGAUAAAGACCAAGUUCGCGGAGGCGGUCCAGUAGAGAAGUUAAGUAGACAGGUCUCUGUCUCCAGCCUCCAACCUGCCCUCCGACCCCCACCUCUGACCUCUGACCUCUUCACUCUCUCCUGUUGGGACGCUGAUUUGUCACAUGACACGUUGCUCUGCUGACUGAUGUUUUUAAUGUAAUUUGAGUGUAAAUUGUGCAUUAAAGACAUCAUAAAAUAAAAAAAUGUUUUUUAUAUAAAUCCUGUGUUACCAUCAGUAUUUCUCAAUGUAAAGAAAAUAACAUCUUAGUGUACUGAAGUGAAAGUGGGGGAGUUUGUUUGAUAUCAAUAAAUGAACAGUUCUGGUCUAUGA